AGGAGCUGCAGGUGAGCCCCGGUGUGGGUUCGUUCAGUGAGCUGAGGAUUUACCGGGACUUUGUGGCGGUUUGAGCGCUUUAAAGGAGGAUGAAGACGUUGGUGGUGCUCCUGCUCCUCCUGAACGGUUCCCAGCAGGCCCUGGCUGUGGUGGUGGAGGUGAAUAAGGAGGAAAGGUCUGUCCUGCUGCCCUGUCAGUACUCAGGUAUUAUACCUGUGGACCCCAAAGUGAUGUGGACUCGCAAUGAUCUUGAUCCCAAAACUGUCCACCUACAACAAGAAGGAGGAGAUGAUCUCAGAGGGCAAAACCAGCGUUACAGCAACCGCACAUCACUGAGGCCUGAUGCUCUGGACUCUGGAGACUUCAGCCUCACUCUGAGGAAACCACAGCUGACUGACAGCGGCAGCUACACCUGCUCCAUCCGUCCUACAAGAGAAGAACUGAGACUGGGAGACAUACAGCUGCAGGUCAAAGACCAGCAGGUGGAGGUGAAGGUGGAGGAAGGCUCAGACUCUGUCAUCCUGCCCUGCCAAAUCAAACCUGACCUGCCUGAGGACAUCAGAGUGGAGUGGACUCGCUCUGAACCAGAACCCAUGAUGGUCCACGGGUACACAAACAAAGGAGACCAGCUUGACACACAGGACGGUCUUUACAGAGACCGAACAAAGGUGAAUGAAGACCUGCUGAGAACUGGAGACCUCAGUCUGACCCUGAGACUCCCCACAGAGAGAGACACAGGAGGAUACAUCUGCACCAUCCACAGGGACAAGGACAUCCUGAGACAGAAAGUACUGCUGCAGGUCAAAGAACCAUUUCCAUCCUGGGCCAUAGCUCUCCUGGUUCUCCUGGUUCUUCUCGUGGUUUCUGGAGGACUUUUAUUUCAUUUCUGGCAGUACUUCAUGUCAGGUUACAAGGUGGAGGUGGAGUCGGGGGUGGAGUCUGUCCAGCUGCCCUGUAAAACUAUAGUUCACCUGCCCAAAGGCACUAAGGUAGAGUGGAAGGACAGAGACAGCAGGAAGGUCCACGUGUAUCAGAGCAGCUCUGACCAGCCUGAAGAACAGCACGACUUUUACAGAGGACGAACAAAGAUGGAGAGAAACCUGCUGAAACCUGGAGACCUCAGUCUGACCCUGAAACACCCCACAGACACACACACCUACACCUGCACCACCUACAACAAGAGGGGAGACAUCCUGAUGGAGAAACAAGUGCAGCUGACAGUCAGAGUCCCCCAGGUGGAGGUGGAGGACGGGGUGGAGUCUGUCCAGCUGCCCUUCACAACCACACUUCACCUGCCUCAAGACGCUAAAGUGGAGUGUGUGGAUGAUUACAUCUACAACAGAAAGGUCCACAUGUAUCAGAGUGGCUCUGACCAGCUUGAAGAACAGCACCAGGUUUACAGACACCGAACGAAGAUGAAUGAAGACCUGCUGAAAACUGGAGACCUCAGUCUGACCCUGAGACUCCCCACAGAUACAGACAACAAGACCUACACCUGCACCGUCUACAGCAGGGAGGGAAACAUCCUGCUGAGGAAACAGGUGAAGCUGAGAGUCAGAGACUGUCAGGUGGAGGUGGAGGAGGGGGCGGAGUCUGUCCAGCUGCCCUUCAGAACCACAGGAAACCUGCCUGGAGAUGCUGAAGUGGAGUGGAAGAACAGUGACCAUAAGAAGGUCCACGUGUAUCAGAGCGGCUCUGACCAGCCUGAAGAACAGCACCAGGAUUACAGAGACCGAACGAAGAUGAAUGAAGACCUGCUGAAAGCUGGAGACCUCAGUCUGACCCUGAGACUCCCCACAGAGAGAGACAGUGGGACAUACUGGUGUAGAGUCAUGAGGAGGAACAUCUGGACCAGAGGAAAAACAGUGCAGCUCAAAGUCAAAGGCAGAGCUCAGGUCCAGGAUCAAACAGGGAUCAUCAGGAACAGAAGCAGCUCCAUUGAUCCGACUCCUCUGAUGGCUGAUCAAUCAGUUUGAUCUGUUUGUUCUUUGAUUAUUGAUCAGUGAUGUCAGAGUGGAGUCAGUGUGAUGUUGUUGUUGUGUGUUUGAGCCUUUUAGUGUCCGUGAAGGUCUCUGCUGCCGUAGAUCCUCUGAACUGUGACAGAGGUCUCACUCUGGAGGAAACUCUCAGCACUUUCCUGCAGCUCCUCCAUCAUGGAGGACGUUCCCUCACUGGAACAGGUGGAGGAGAGAGGAGAGGAAGCACAGGUGGAUGCUCUGAGGAAGAGGAGCAUUCUCACAUUGGUCUUCCUACAACAACACCUUGAUCACAUGAGCAGAGGGGCGUGGCCUUCAGUGGUCCUAACACGCCGUCGUAGUAAUAAAGGAACCCUCCACAUGUUCCACUUUGAAGGCUCAUCUCCAACAAAGCAGACCUGUGAUCACUUUAACUCACUAUGAUGAUUGUUGACAUUUGUCUUUGUGUCUCUGGCUUUUCUUGUGUGUCUGUGUGUCUUUGGGAUGUUGGAUAGAGUCAUGUGACCUGCCCAGGGACUACAGAUGGAAAUGAGCAGUUUAGCUCCAAUCUGGCAGCUUUCCAUCUUCUAGGUUUAUAUUGAUGUCCAUGAACAUGCACUGUCCCUGUGAGAUCAAUGCAGAUAAAAACAGCUGCUGACCUUUGACCUGAUCCAGUGUUGUUCUUCUUCUGUGGUGUUUGUGAUGGAGCAGCUGCUCCUGAUGUGUUUGAGGAUCAAACCAGGGUUCCUGCAGCUGCAGCAAACUCUCAUUAACACUUUUAUCACUGAUUCAGGCCUCAAACUGAUUCAACAGUUCAGAUUUUCUAUAUUUAUUAAAGUCAGCUUCUGCUCUGACAUUACCGACCAUCAGGGGCAUGAUGGCCAUCGGGAGGUUUCCCAAAUGGCCAGUCGUUGCCAGGCCGAACCGGCCGAUGAUCAGAACUUUUUUUAUUUAAAACCCAAUUAAGUACAGCAGUGCUGGCGCUGCAGCUCUCACGGCCACAGGUGCAGACAGUGAUGGUCAGUCAAGAACAUUUCGGCUCUAAGAGCUGGCUCUUUGAAGUGAACGACAGGAAGUGGCUCUUCACUGAGAGCUACUUUUCAUCAGGAGGGGCUCCAAACACAACAGUCCAGUAAACACACCAUAGGAGAGGUGAAGGGCGAGACACCAGCUAA